AUGCCUGAAACGGAUCGGUUCGACUGCAAACUCUGCCGUAGGUCGAACAAUGUGGACGAUAUGGUCUUCUGUGCGGUGUGCCAGGAAUGGUAUCAUUAUCAGUGCGUGGGAGUGACAUCAGCGAUAGCCAAUGAGAGCUGGAUGUGUGCACGUUGUUCGGCUUUGCCAUCAUCAACACGGAUCGGUGAGCUAUAUGGAAGCGAUCCUGUAUUCCCAGCUACUAUCAUCAACGUGCCAUCACCUAGAACUACCGAACUCCCGUCGGCCGUUACUUCAUCAUCCUCCGUGGUAUCGCUCAGGGCAAACGCUGGACUACCACUGGCCACAUCGGCGGCAUCCUCAACUGUAUCGUCGACUGCUCCUCCAGGACUGGUACCGGCCGCCGUCGCUGGGCCAUCCGGAUGGGUACCUGCAACGACGACUCCAGCUACUACGACUAACCAUGGCCAAUCUCUGCUAACGGAGCAGGCGCGAGCAAGCCUGCAGUGGGUUCAAGACCAUCGAGCAUUUCUGGAGCAGCAAUUGGAAGAGAGUCAUAGGAAGGAACUAGAAAGAAAGAAGGCACUGCUGGGACAGCUCACGAAUAACGCCUUGCAAUGUAUCAUUACCGGGGCGACAUCGAACAACGUCAACGAGCAGCCUGCCGCGGUCGGCGGGGUCGACAAUGUCGGAGGCUGGCUGGGAAGGAUGAUUGGCGAGAUGGAAAAUCUGUCAGUCUCACCAGCGAGCGUGGGGCCACAGGUGACAGUCCCUGUUACACCCGCACUCAACAGUUCCACACCGACGACUACAGGUCAUGCUAGUCAGUAUGUAUUCGAUCCGUCUCUAUCAUCCCUGCUACUUGGAGUGCCUAGUAGUAUGCCAAGAGUUCCCACAAGUUCUUUGCAUGAAGGUCAGUACACUAAUAUAUCAUCUAUUCCUAUGUAUGGGUACUCACCACCUGGAGGAGACCAUUCUCGACAAAUCAGUGCGUUCCCAAUCAGCACUCAGGCGUCUUUGAUGGGAUUGGGGAAUGCAAAUCUAACUAACGUGGUAACAGCCUGCCCGACGGUUCCAACAGCGUCGAUUCCACAGGUGGGCAUUUACGGCGGGUUGUCUGGGGGAAAUGCAAGUGUACCCACAAUAUAUCCACAUCCCAUCGUAUCGCAAUCUCCCAUGGGUGGGUACUAUCCAGUGAACUCCGCUCAAGCGCUUCCCUUACAAUACCCGGUGGGUCCAACGCAGCAGCAAUUGUUGGCGAGACAAGUUAUGCCUAGAGAUCUCCCGCCGUUUCGAGGGGAUCCUGAGGACUGGCCACUAUUCUUCAGUGCAUACACCAAUUCGACGGCCGCAUGUGGGUACACCAAUGUGGAAAAUUUAGCUCGGCUUCAACGAGCGCUACAAGGGAAAGCAUUCGAUGCAGUGAAAAGCCGUUUGCUUCUUCCGGCAUGCGUCCCUCAAGUCAUGUCCACCCUGUACAUGUUGUACGGAAGACCGGAACUGAUCAUCCAGACAUUGUUGGACAAAGUUCGCGAGGCUCCUGCACCAAAGGCGGAAAGGUUGGAAACGUUGAUCACCUUCGGCCUGGCGGUUCAAAACCUGUGUGACCAUGUUGAGGCAACUGGGCAAACAGCACAUUUAUGUAACCCAGUUCUGCUGCGGGAACUGGUGGACAAGAUGCCCGCUCAGCAACGCUUGAACUGGGCGCUCUACAAACAACAGUUUGCUACGGCCGAUCUACGUACAUUUGCUGGAUUCAUGUCCAUGCUAGUAACAGCAGCCUCGGACGUCACAGUCACUACAGAUUGUAAGCAGUCGCAAUCGGGCCGAGGAGAGCGUAAUAAGGACAAAAGUUUCCUCAACACUCACGCUGCCAGUGAGCCAACCACGAAGCAGAGUCAACCAGACGACGUGAUGAAGACAUUAGAAGUAAAGGAGGUACUGUGCCUGGCGUGUAACGGGCGUAACCACAAGGUAAAAGAUUGCGCAACGUUUAAAAGGUGGGAUGUAGACAGCCGUUGGAAAACCAUCCAAGAUCACCAUCUUUGUCGUACGUGUCUAGGAAAACACGGACGGCGUCCUUGCAAAGUGCAACUUGUUUGCGGCGUAGAAGGCUGUCAGCAGCGACAUCACCAGCUGCUACACUCCGGCGUUCAAAGGCAUCCGCCUACGGCCAACGACGACCAGAAGACAAUAAAGCAGAGCGAUGAUUCUGGAGAGGGGUUGAAUGCGCAUCAUGCUGCCAAGAAGUCUACAUUGUUUCGUAUCCUUCCCGUUAAACUUUCCUGGCGGGGAAAAUCAGUAGAAACGUUUGCAUUUUUGGACGACGGAUCGGACAUGACUCUGGUCGAGCAAUCGAUUGCGGACAGAUUAGGCGUCGACGAUGGCGAACCACUUCCCCUUUGCCUAACAUGGACCAGCAAUGUGACUCGACAGGAGCCGAAGUCCCAACGGAUUCAUCUGGAGAUUUCCGGAGAAGGCAAAAACGAGCGGUUUAUCCUGAACGAUGCAAGAACGGUGUCUAGUCUUAAUCUUCCAAAACAGACGCUGAAGUACGGGGAUUUGGUGCGGCAAUACAGUUACCUUCGUGGUCUCCCGGUCACUAGCUAUGAGGCAGCCACGCCCGGCAUUCUGAUCGGUUCAAACAACGCCAGCCUGACUGCAACGCUAAGCUUACGCGAGGGUCAACUAGGCGACCCCUUGGCCAGCAAGACUCGUCUCGGCUGGUCGGUCUAUGGCUAUACUGCUGAGGGAGAAAAGGCGUCGAACUUCACGCUACACGUUUGUGAGUGCCGGCGAGAGUACCAGGUGGUUCAGGAUCUUCACGAUCUUGUCAAGCGACAUUUCACGAUAGAAAGCGUCGGGGUUUCGGCGGACAAAGGGCCUGAAUCGGAGGAGGACAAACGUGCCCGUCGGAUACUAGCGGAGACAACGAAACGCCUUUCAAAUAGGUUUGAGACUGGCCUUUUGUGGCGCCAUGACCUAGUGGAAUUUCCAAAUAGUUUUCCCAUGGCAUUGAGACGUCUGGAGUGUUUCGAGAGAAGAAUGAUGAAAGACCCUGAGUUGAAAGCAAGCGUUCAUCAACAGAUCAGCGAGUAUCUGGAAAGCAACUACAUCCACGAGCUGAUGUGUGAAGAGAUAGAGGCCAUGGACCCAAGAAAGGUGUGGUAUUUACCACUGAGCGCCGUAAGAAAUCCGAAAAAGCCGGGAAAAAUUCGGCUUGUUUGGGACGCUGCGGCGAAAGUAGGAGGUAUUUCGUUCAACUCAAUGCUCCUUAAAGGACCGGAUCUGCUGAUCCCACUCGCUUCAGUGCUGUGCAAAUUUCGGGAACGGCCCGUAGCCGUUAGUGGAGAUUUGAAGCAAAUGUUCCAUCAGUUCAGAAUUCGCCAGGAAGACGCUCAUAGCCAGCGGUUCCUCUACAGGGAGCAUCCCUCGCUGCCAGUCAGAACGUUCGUAAUGGAUGUUGGUACCUUCGGAGCCACAUGCUCCCCCUGUCAGGCCCAGUACAUCAAGAACCGUAACGCAAAGGAACACGAAGCGGACUUUCCGGAGGCAGCAAAGGCAAUCCAAGAAAAACACUAUGUCGAUGAUUAUCUCGACAGUUUCGACACCGAAGAGGAGGCGAUCCAAGUCGCGCUGGAAGUAACGGAGGUACAUGCUCGGGGAGGAUUCUGCAUUCGGAACUGGCACUCGAAUUCGGACGCCCUUCUGAAACGGGUCGGAGAACCCAAGGGAGUACAUCAAAAGGCAAUCAAUACCAGUUCGGAGAGUGAAGCGAAACGAGUCUUAGGCCUUCUAUGGCUACCAGAAGAAGAUGUCAUUGCCUUUGCCAACAACUUAAAGUUGGACUGUAUUGUUCCAACGAAGCGCAACAUCCUGCGCUGUGUCAUGAGCCUGUUUGACUCGCAGGGCAUUCUGUCCCAUAUCACGAUUCAGGGACGGAUGAUUAUCCAGGACAGCUGGCGCAACCAGACCCAUUGGGACGAAGAGGUCGCAGAAACUAUUCGCAGGCGUUGGCUGCGAUGGAUCAAACUGUUUGAUGAUGUUAGCAAGAUGAGACUUCCGCGACCAUACUUUCCUGGUUUUUCUGCGACUGAGGUCAGCUCGGUAGAACUACACGUUUUCACGGAUGCGAGUGAGGAAGCAUACGCCUGCGCAGCCUACUUUCGAGCCACAAUAAUGGGAAAGGUACACAUUACGUUGGUGAUGGCCAAGGCGAAAGUAGCACCAUUGAAAUCUCUGUCGAUACCGCGUCUGGAGUUAAUGGGAGCUCUUCUUGGAGCGAGGUUGUCCAAAGCGGUGAAGGAGUACCAUACGAUCCCAAUAGACCGCCGAGUGAUGUGGACGGACUCGAAAACAACUUUAGCUUGGGUACAAUCACAACAUCGUCGCUACCGGCAAUUCGUGGCGUUUCGUGUGGGAGAGAUCCUAAGUAAGACCGAGGCUUCUGAAUGGAGGUACGUUCCCACACAUCAUAACCCAGCCGAUGAUGCAACCAAGUGGAGUAAGGGACCCAGCACAGAUGCAACAUCACGUUGGUUCCGUGGGCCCGACUUUCUGUACACGCCGGAAGAAGAUUGGCCAGAGCAAAGAUCGACUCUAAAUUUGGAGACAGAUGAAGAACUGCGUCCCUGCAUGGUUCACAGAGGAAAGCCAUUCAAAGAAAUUUUUCAGAUCAGCAACUCCUCUAAGUGGGAACGCUUGCUGAGAACAGCGGCUUACGUCCAUCGCUACAUAACGAACUGUUAUCGUAAAAGCAAGAAGCAGGAGCUGAUCACGGGUUACUUGCGCCAGGAAGAACUACGGAAAGCAGAGAACAGCUUGUGGAGAUCAGUGCAAGCAUCGGCAUACCCGGAUGAAGUAACCAUACUGAAGCAAGGAGAAGGGAAUCCUAGGAAACGCAUUGAAAGGACUAGUACCGUCUAUAAGCUGUCGCCUUUCUUGGACGAGCACGGCGUAAUGCGGAUGGAUAGUCGUAUCGGCGCAGUUCCAUAUGUCGGGUAUGACUUCAAGUUUCCAAUCAUCCUACCACGUGAACAUCACCUCACCAAGCUGGUCGUCGACUAUUAUCAUCGCCGAUAUCUUCACGCCAAUAACGCGACGGUGUACAACGAAGUUCGUCAAAGAUUUCACAUCUCCAAUUUGCGCACCGUAAUACGUAAAGUUUCGAAAGCAUGCCAGACUUGCAAAGUCAACAAAGCAAUCCCGGUAGCACCAAGAAUGGCGCCUCUCCCGGAGUCUCGUCUAGCGGCUAUGGUGCGGCCGUUCUCAUAUGUUGGGCUCGACUACUUCGGACCUAUCCAGGUCCGAAUUGGACGCAGCUGUGUUAAACGUUGGGUAGCUCUGUUUACGUGCCUCACUGUGAGAGCCGUCCAUCUUGAGGUCGUUCAUUCCCUCUCAACGGAAUCGUGUAAGAUGGCGAUCCGUCGGUUUGUGGCGCGACGUGGAUCGCCCAUCGAAGUCCACUCAGACAACGGCACAAAUUUUCAGGGGGCCAGUCGGGAUUUACGUGAACAGCUGAAGAAGAUCGAUCAACGACUAGCAGAGACUUUCACAAACACCAACACGAAAUGGAUAUUUAAUCCUCCAUCAGCACCACAUUUCGGUGGCUCUUGGGAACGCCUCGUGAGAUCCGUCAAGGUGGCUCUUGGUUCAUUGUGCAGCGAUCGGAAUCCGGAUGACGAGACGCUGUUGACGGUCAUCUCGGAAGCAGAAUCUAUAGUGAAUUCCAGACCAUUAACAUCAAUUUCUCUGGAGAAUGCCAGCCAGGAGGCCCUGACACCCAACCACUUUAUCCUGUUGAGCUCUUGUGGAGUCGCUCAACCGCCCACGAAGCUGGCGGAAACAACGAAGGUCACACGCACAAAUUGGAACAUGGCCAGACAGCUCAUUGAUCAAUUUUGGAGGCGAUGGAUCAUCGAGUAUCUUCCGACGAUUGCCAUCCGGAGCAAGUGGCACAACGAAGCUGAGAACCUCAGGGUAAAUGACCUUGUGCUGAUUGUGGACGAGGGUCAACGUAACGGAUGGGCGAGGGGUCAAGUCGUAGCCGUCAUUCCAGGAAGUGAUGGUCGAAUUCGGCAGGCCAUGGUCCGAACCACCGGUGGGCUGUUUCGGCGCCCAGUUACCAAGCUGGCAGUACUCCGGGUGCAAGAAAAUGGUAACGCAGAAAGGACGGAAGAAAGGCAGGUGCGUUACGGGUCGGAGGAUGUUGCCACCGCUGGCAGCACGGAUAAUUCAAACAGAGGAUCGAUCCACGGUAUCCCCCGAUCGGACUCUGACGUAACAACUGACAUCGAUCUUGCGCAAGCCCGAUGCGCGACGAAAUGUCAGGAUGACACAGUGGACGUGACAAGCAGAUGA